AUGUUUGUAGGUAUUCCAAGAACCACAGAAUUUGAUUGUGCCAUAGUCCUUGCCCGCUACAUCACCUUCACAUUCCCUAACCCUCUUUCCCAGGACCACCACUCCGCGUCGCAGUUCUCGACUCUCCAUCUUCAUCUACCGCCAGAAUCGCCGCCAUGUGAGUACCCAUACCACUCGAUCUUGAAUCCGACUGGAUUUUCUCCACUUUCUCCGACCAUCUCCAGCUUCUCCUCUCCUCCACCACACCCCCACCACCUCCUCCGCUUAAUCCUCAUUGGAAAUCCUCCGACUCACUCCACCCCACCUCGUAUUUUUCCACACCCUUUAUUACUAGUUCUAACUCCGAAAUCAGCUUUCUAUCAGAAGGGUAUUUGUAAUAGCGAAUUCCUUGAAAAUCCAUUCUUGAUUUAUGGAGACGAGGUGAGAAAAUGCAAAAUUUUGGAAAUUUGUGAAGGGCCUUAUGCUGGUGAAAUGCUAAUAAAAAAUGUUGUGGUGGAAACUACCACUAAAGAGUUUAGGAGGAGAUUGAGAUUUAAGAGAAUGCCAAAUUUAGUGCAAACGCAUAUGAGAAUUCUCCCAAAAAAUGAAUUAAAUUAUGGAAAAUUGGAUAACUUGGAGUUUGUAAUAGAUAAUAGUGUUCUGGUCCUUCUGGUUCAUCCAUAUUUGAGUCACAUGGUGGUGUGCCAAUCUAAAAGAAAAAAUGAUCGUGGCCGAUACAAUAAUCCUCUUGAGCUCAUUAGUCUCUGCACUUCUCUGUCACGCCCAAUUUUUGCCUUGUCUAGAUUUAUAACAAAUGGGAAUGUUAAGAGAGUUUGGCGACUGUUGUGCAAAAAUCAGAUUAGCAUCAAUUCAGAAGGGCAAGCUAUGGAGCACUAG